GCCCAAAUCAAAAGAAUCUCUCUCUCUCUCUCUCUCUCUCUCUCCUUGGGAGGAUUUGGUCCGCUCGAGUUCCGGCGGUUUCGGGUUCCUCUUUCGAUGCCUUCCUCCUCGCCUUCCUUCUUCUCCAUUCUCCUCGAUCUCCUAUUGCUCUCCAUCUCAAUCCCCUAAUACCCAUGAGUCCACAGGCGGAUCCCGCUCCGGAAGGUGACGCCGGGGUGGUCGAGCGGAGGAAGAAGUCCAAGAAACCCAAAUAUUCAAGAUUUACACAACAAGAGCUUCCUGCUUGCAAACCUUUAUUAACUCCAACUAUUGUAAUAUCAACAUUUUCUCUCAUUGGAAUUCUCUUCAUCCCAAUUGGACUCACUUCUUUGUCUGCAUCAGAUAUUGUGGUUGAAAUUGUGUAUAGAUAUGACACAGAAUGCAUUCCACAACAGUCACAGAAUGACAAACUUGCAUUCAUCCAAAGCAGUGAGACUAACAAAAUUUGCUCAACUACUUUGACUGUGCCUAAAAACAUGAAGGCUCCUGUUUAUAUUUACUAUGAGCUCGACAACUUCUAUCAGAACCACCGCAGGUAUGUUAAAAGCCGAAACGAUAAGCAACUAAGAAGUAAGGCAUACGAACAAGAAACUACUAAUUGCGCACCUGAAGCCACAACUGCCAAUGGGUCUCCCAUUGUUCCUUGUGGCCUCAUUGCUUGGAGCUUAUUCAAUGACACAUACUCAUUUGCAAUACAAAACAAAGUCAUUGAGGUGAACAAGAAAAACAUAGCCUGGCAAAGUGACAAAAAUAACAAAUUUGGAAGUGAUGUUUAUCCCAAGAACUUCCAGCAGGGAGGUCUAAUAGGAGGUGCCAAGCUCAACGAAAGCAUACCUUUGAGUGAGCAAGAAGAUCUCAUUGUUUGGAUGAGAACAGCUGCCCUCCCACAGUUCAGAAAACUAUAUGGGAGAAUUGAGACAGAUCUUGCAGCUAACGAGCAAAUCUCAGUGACAAUAGAGAACAACUAUAACACCUAUAGCUUCGAGGGGGAGAAAAAGCUGGUGCUUUCAACUACCUCCUGGAUAGGUGGGAAGAACGAUUUUCUUGGUGUUGCCUAUCUCGCAGUUGGCAGCCUUUGCCUAUUUCUUGCGCUGGCGUUCAUAGUUCUUUAUCUGCUCAAACCCCGGACUCUUGGAGAUCCUUCAUAUUUAUCCUGGAACAAGAACCCUGAUGGACAUCAGUAAACUUUCAGCUCAAGUUGCAUUUCCUAAGUUGGUAUGAUCUGUGCAAGUGUAAUUGCUCCCUUAUCCAUGUACGUUCAUGUAUAUAAGAUUUAGAAAUGCACACACUGGAUUUCUUCAUGAUUUUGGCACAUUCAAUGGAAAUACGACCUUUCUUA